ACAACGCAGCAAAGUCGGUGUGCAGACAUUUACAAAAACCGAGUCGCUUUGGAUUUGCUGUUAAAUCGAGUAUAUUUCACCAAGAAAAUUCACACCAGUGGCUUUCUACGGCAAAUUGUGAUGGGAACGAACCCACUUUGUUUGACUGCAAACUGCUUGUAUCUGGAAUAAUGGAAACUUCGCAAGCAGCUUCUGUUAUUUGCUCUGACUCUCCUAAGGUAUCCCUUGUUGGAGGUAACAGUACAAAGACUGGUUUGAUAGAGUUUACAAUAGAGGGAGAAAAGGGGUACAUACCUCCAGUAGGUCAAAACGAAGCCAAGGUUAUUUGUCGACAACUUGGAUUUACAACAAAUGUAGCUUACUUUGAGGGAUCUAAAGCAUUCCCCUCUAAGUAUGCUCGUCGCUGGGCAUCCUCAAUUUCCUGUACUGGUACAGAAGAAAGUGUUUUUGAUUGUUCUUUGAUUAUCGAUGGGACAUUCAAAACAGAACAAUAUGCGUAUCUUUCCUGUGAAGCAUAA